AAUUUAGUAGAUUUUAGAGGAUAAUUAACUACGUUCCGCCUCUUUUCGAAGUCGUGAAUGGUCGCUUGAGUGGUGCGUUGUUAUUUAAAAAUGUCAACAACAGAUGUUACUCGGGACGAAAGAGUUAGACUCAGGCGAGCAUUGAGCGUUACAAAAGCUCAAGAAAUAUCAGAAAAGCAGAAAAAAGAGCGCCAAGCUCAACCUGAUCAACCAUGCCAUGUACCUCGAGAUUCAUUACUAAGUUCUUCUAGUGGAUACACAAAUUAUAGAGGUUUAUUAAAUCUUUGUAUUGUGUUAUUAAUAUUGUCAAAUUCAAGAGUUGCACUUGAAAAUAUUAUUAAAUAUGGAAUAUUAGUGGAUCCUAUUCAAAUACUUAAAAUUUUUGUUCAUCGUCCAUCAAAGUCUCCUACAGUUCUUCUGUUGCUAGGACUAAAUAUAUUUAUUUUGGGAUCUCUGUUGAUUGAAUUAAUGAUGGCUAAAGAAAAAAUCAAAGAAGAAAAGGGAAGACUUAUCACUGUUGCUCACUUAUCGGCACUUAUUGUGCUACCACCAAUAUUUGUAUACAUUUUGGAUUGCCAUCCAGUUGCAGCCUCGAUAUUGAUGGGAGAAGUUAGCAUAAUAUUUCUUAAAUUAGUUUCUUAUCAUAUGGUUAAUUAUUGGUGCAGAAAAAGCCAGAAGACAAUCACUAACCGCACACGUGGUCGAUCAUACACUGCAGUUGGUGAAAGCAUAGAUUAUUUAAAUGGUGAUUCUUCUGAUUCAAAGUCUUCGUUAGUACAUUAUCCAGAUAAUUUAACAGUUAAAGAUUUAUAUUACUUCAUGUUUGCUCCUACUUUGUGUUACGAACUCAAUUUUCCUCGUUCUGAUCGUAUUCGCAAAAGAUUUUUGAUUAAAAGGUUGUUAGAAAUGUUUAUUCUUAUACAAGUGAUACUUGCACUUAUUCAACAGUGGAUGGUACCAAUAGUUAACAAUUCUUUCAAACCUUUGCAGGAAAUGAAGAUUUCUCAUGUCAUAGAAAGAUUAUUGAAACUAGCAGUUCCUAAUCACUUCAUCUGGCUACUAUUUUUUUAUUGGCUUUUUCAUUCUUGUCUAAACUCAUUUGCUGAAAUAUUAAGAUUUGCUGAUAGACAAUUCUAUAGAGAUUGGUGGAAUGCUGAAUCAAUUAAUCAAUUUUGGAGAAACUGGAAUAUUCCUGUACAUCAAUGGUGUGUUAGACAUCUUUAUAAACCUCUUCUUGUUCAAGGAUUUUCAAAACUUCAAGCAAAUAUUGCAGUAUUUGUUGUAUCAGCAUUUUUUCAUGAGUACUUAGUCAGUUUUCCGUUGAAAAUGUUUCGAUCGUGGGCAUUUUUUGGAAUGCUUAGUCAAGUGCCAUUUGCUUUGGUCAUUAGUCGAUAUCUGCAUAAAGAUUACGGAAAUAUGGCAGUUUGGGUGUCGUUGAUUAUUGGCCAACCCUUAUGUAUAUUGGCAUAUUAUCACGAUUACUAUGUCAUUCACUAUAAUGAAACUACUACAUAAAUGUGUUAACAAUGAAGGAAAUUGCCAAAGAACAUGCCAAAGUGUCUUAAUAUUUAGUCAGUAUUUUUAAAUGUAUAAUUUGCUUUGUUUUUUUCAAUUGUUGAAUACUUUAAUAUUAAUUUUGUUAAUAGAAUUUAUAAUUGUUAGAAAUUUUCAUCUCUAGUCAUUGAUUUAAAGCACAUUUAAAAUUAUUAUAGCUAUAUAAAUAGUUGUUGUAAGUAGAAAAUAUUGAUUGAUCAAGUCAAAGUGAUUUUGGAAGAGAAAUUAAAAGGAAAAUUUUUAUUUAAAUUAAGUAAAAAUUCUUCAAUUUUCAAAUGCAAAUAAUAAUUCUAAUCAUGAUUGUAUUUGUUUUAAAGUAUAAUCAAAUUAGAUAUAUGCACUUCUUUAAUUUCAAUACAUUGUAAAACUGCAAUUUUUAUAAAAUUACAAAUUAUUUAAUAGAAUAUUUUUUUAUAUUUUAAAAAUAAAUUUAUUAUGAUUGUAUAUAACAUUAUAUGAUUGUAUUGUGUUGUCACUGCUAAAAUUUAUAUAAUUUUGAAAAUAAAAUCAUUACUUAUUUCA